AUGUGGGGCGUUGUUUGGGCGGACGACGAAACCCGUUGUCUGGAAAUUUUGCUCCUGAAACUGCCCGUACAGGACAUGGCGGAGUUGAACGGAAGCUCUGUCCUUAUAAAAGAAGAGGAGGAGCCCAUGGACACCUCUGCCACACACACCGAGAACUACCAGACCCUUCUUGACGCUGGACUUCCUCAGAAAGUGGCUGAGAGUUUAGACAAUAUUUUCCAAACAGGCUUGGUGGCUUACGAGGACCUGGACGAGAGAGCCAUCGACGCUUUGAGGGAGUUCAACGAAGAAGGAGCCCAAACUGUACUGCAGCAGUUCAGAGAAAGUGACCUCUCCCACGUGCAGAACAAAAGUGCUUUUCUUUGCGGAGUGAUGAAGACGUACAGACAAAGGGAGAAGCAAGGAAGCAAAGUACAAGAGUCCACCAAGGGCCCAGAUGAAACUAAAAUAAAAGCCCUUUUGGACAGGACUGGUUACACCUUAGAUGUAACCACAGGGCAGAGAAAAUAUGGAGGGCCUCCACCAGAGGAGAUAUUUGCAGGCUCCCAACCUGGGAUUGGGACUGAGGUUUUUGUUGGUAAAAUCCCUCGUGACUUGUACGAGGAUGAGCUGGUGCCUCUCUUUGAAACUGCUGGUCCCAUCUGGGACCUCAGGUUAAUGAUGGACCCUCUGUCCGGACAGAACCGUGGUUACGCCUUCAUCACCUACUGCAAUAAAGACGACGCCCAAAAGGCUGUGAAGCUUUGUGAUAACUAUGAAAUCCGUUCCGGUAAAUACUUAGGGGUGUGUAUAUCUGUUGCGAACAAUCGACUGUUUGUAGGAUCGAUCCCAAAGAACAAGACCAGAGAAAGUAUUUUGGAGGACUUUGGCAAAGUCACAGAGGGUCUCCAGGAGGUGAUACUGUACCACCAACCAGACGAUAAAAAAAAGAAUCGUGGGUUUUGUUUUCUCGAGUAUGAAGACCAUAAAUCUGCAGCUCAGGCUCGGCGUCGACUAAUGAGCGGAAAAGUGAAAGUUUGGGGAAACCCAGUGACGGUGGAAUGGGCCGAUCCCGUCGCAGAACCUGAUCCUGAGGUCAUGGCUAAAGUGAAGGUUCUCUUUGUGAGGAAGCUCGCCUCGUCUGUGACAGAGGAGCUUUUAGAGAAAACCUUUUCCCAAUUUGGGAAAUUGGAGCGAGUAAAGAAACUGAAGGAUUAUGCUUUUGUUCAUUUUGAAGAGCGGGAUUCUGCUGUAAAGGCGAUGGAUGAGAUGAAUGGACAGGAGCUCGGAGGAGAAGAGAUUGAGAUAGUUUUGGCGAAGCCCCCGGACAAGAAGAGGAAAGAGCGUCAAGCAGCUCGUCAGACCAGGAACUCGGGGUAUGAUGACUACUAUUACUACCCACCCCCACGAAUGCCUCCUCCAGGCCGAGGCAGGGGCCGUGGGGCUCGAGGGGGCUACGCCUAUCCCCCUGAUUACUAUGGCUACGAUGACUACUAUGAUGACUACUAUGGCUACGAUUACCACGACUACCGUGGGGGCUACGAAGACCCCUACUACGGCUAUGACGACAUGUACAGUAUGAGGGGCCGUGGGACCCGUCCUGCCCGUGGAGGCCCUCCCCCUCCUCGAGCCCGUGGUGCUCCGCUCACUAGAGGCCGUGGGGGCUAUGCUCAGAGGGGACCACCCCUGGCCGGCCCACGGGGCGCCAGAGGGGGCCGAGGGGCUCCUUUCCAGCCACAGCGCGGCCGCGGUCCUCGCGGGGCCCGGGGCAAUCGCGGCGGCAACGUGGGCGGAAAGCGGAAGGCCGACGUGUUUAACCAGCCUGACUCCAAGCGCCGCCAGACCAACAACCAGCAGAACUGGGGGUCCCAGCCCAUCGCGCAGCAGCCCCUGCAGCAGGGGGCCGACUAUUCCGGUGGAGAAGCAAUGAGAGCCUCUGCGCUACAGCAGCAGAGGAGCUGCUCAGUCCCCUCAGGCUCCGUACAGGAGGGCCAACCAGUGGGUCCGUGGCAGGACUAUUGA